UUUCACUAUUCUUGCAAGCAAUCGUUUGCACAGAGUUGAUCAAAAUGGCCAUCGAGCUCGAACCUUGGAUUCAGCUCGUCCGUGGCUGCUGCGGCGUCCUUGUUCUUGUAACAGCCAUAACCCCGAUCCCCACACUCAAAAUUUUCGGCACCGGUCGCAGCAUAACAAACUGCAACCUAAACACACUGCUGUUUCUUUUUCUGGCUUUAUUUUUUAUUUACGCGGCCGUUUUCUUUCGGCUCGUUGCUGAGGCGGUGUCCCGCAACUCGCUCCCCAGCAUCCAUGCGGCCUUUUCAGAAACUGCCCUCGUCCUCGCCACAUUUAUGAAUGCAGAGCGGUUGGGCGACCGUGACGAUAAGAGUCCAAUUCAUCUCAAUCGAGCAGUUUCCUGGUGCCUCCUCUGCGCCAUCGAGCUUUUCGUCGUCGUUUGGACAGGCUUGCCGGGCGGCCAAACCAGCCCUCCGUUGGCCUCACGGGUCAGCGCCGCAAUUGAUGUUUGCAAAGCGGCCACGUGCGUCAUGAUCCUGUUGCAAAUAUUGCCAGCCAUCAUCGCAAAUUGCAACACCGCGUCCAAGCCCAGCCCGGCUUCGCCUUUGGACGCCAGCAGCAACCCGGCCGACAUUUUAAGCUUACAAAUGGAUACGCUACGGGAAGUGGAAAAGCUCGGCGGGUGGUGGCCCCUUUUGAAACUAUUUGGGGUUUUUUCCAGAUACAUGUUUCCCGUGGGCGAACCAGUACACCAGAUACGUUUCGUCGCUUCGUUCCUAUUGAUGGUGACCCACGAGGUUACGGAGUUGCAAGAACAGCUUGCCUUCGCCUCUAUUUUAGACGCAGCUGCGACAGGGUCUCAGGUGCAAACCUCGUUCAAAAAAGCAUUACUACUUCGAGCCGUAAAUACUGCACUUUCUCAUAUCUUUGGGCUUUUGAGGGCCGAAAUCAAACUGCACCGGGCCGAGUCUUUCGCUACAGGCGUCCACGCUAAAAUCCUUUCCAUGGACCCCACGUUCCACUCGCUGGCCAACCCCACGGAUUUGACAAAGGCUGUCGACGACGCUAAAGAGUUUAUAAGCCUGUUUGAUUCAAUCAUCUUUUCCCAUUUCAUAAACAUAAUGGGGAUCGUCAUGGCCGCGACAAAACUCGUCAGCUUGCAUGGGCCCUUUUUGUUUAUCAUCAUGGCCUAUCAAAUAACCUUUACCUGCGUCAUUAAUAGUAAAGGGACCCAGAAGCGGGCGGAAGCGUUUACAAAAGUCCACAAACUCAAAGUCGACCAAGAGCAUCGUCGCCAGGACGGUCUACGCGGGUGGACGACAUUGUUCAACCAAAAUUUGAUCGAACACGAGAUCGAUUGCUUUAGAUUAGUCACGGGGGCUUUGAUCGACCAAGAGCGAAAACUUGACUCGUGCAGGCUUAACUUCUGCCUCGCUCAAAACAUUGUCAGCUUCUGCGGGGUCGCCGCUGGGUACUCUUUUAUGAUCUACCGGUAUGGCCAAGGGGCUGCCACGGUCGGGGACCUGAUGCUCUAUACUUCGGUCUGGGCGACAUUGUGGAUGCGGAUCGGGGAGCUGACGCGCACAAUACCCGAUCUCGUCGAUGACCUGUUGGACGCAGCGCCGCUGCGUCGGGUUUUGGAGAGGAGCUCGGCCGUCCAGACAAGUGGCGCGGAGCUCCUAUGCGGUGAGGGGAGCUUGGACCUGCACGACGUAUCGUUUACGUACCCGGCCAGGGAUACCCCGGUGGUAGACCACCUGAGCAUGUCGAUCAAGCCGGGGGCCAAAGUCGCAUUGAUUGGGCCUAGCGGGACCGGCAAGUCAACCUUACUCAAGCUUGUCAUGCGUUAUAUGUCGCCCAGUACUGGUACUAUUUUGAUUGACGGGCAGGACAUUAGCAACAUUGACAAAAACUCAUUCCACAAAUCAGUCGGGAUGAUGCCCCAAAUACCUCACAUUUUCAACACCACGGUGAUGGAAAACGUUAGAAUGGGAAAGAAAAACGCCAGCGAUGAAGAGGUCUACGCCGCGUGUCGACGUGCCAUGAUCCAUGACACUAUAAUAGCUCGCCCUGGCGGAUAUGAAUCUUUGAUGGGUGAGAAUGGAAGUUCCUUUUCUGGUGGUGAAAAGCAACGUAUCGAAUUUGCUCGUUUGUUCCUCAAACAACCCAAAGUCGUCAUCCUCGACGAGCCAACAUCCAGCCUUGAUCCCGAGACCGAAAUGCAGGUUCUUGGGAACCUUAUAAAUCAGUUUGUCCACACUACCGUCAUCGUUGUCACUCACAACGUUGAGAUUGCUAAAGACUUUGAUAGGGUUAUACUGCUCGGGGAGGGCGGCAAAAUUGUAAAAGAUGGAAGCUAUAGAGAGCUGUUGGCAAAGGAAGCAACAGAGCAAACGACCUCCCACGCAUUGCAACCUGGUCUUACUAGAUAUUAAUUUCAAUGCAAAUUUUACGGGGCUGCCCUUUCUUCGGACAAGGAUGAAUUUGGCAAGACCUGAGUGACGAGUGCAACAUUUCUUUCUCUGGAAUCUAG